ACUGCCAUCAUUGUAUUUAUACUCUCCUCCUCCUCCUCCUCCUCCUGAUCCCUCUUUCUCUCUCUCUCUCUCUCCCCCUCGCCCAGCCCCAGUUCUAUCUCUCUCCCUCAAUAAUUUUGGCCAUCAUGAGUCAAGAAGCUUCUCAAACAUCCUUCAACCUCAGGCUGGUUGAGGAGGAGAAUUUAUGUUGGGAUCAAUGUCCUUCGGCCAACAGCUCAUGUGAUUCAUCACCAGCCUUUGAGACACAGAAAAUUUCUCAUGAGAUGGAGCUCUCUCAAGUUGUUUGCCCUAAAUCAAAACCUAUGGACCUAGUGGAUUAUCUUAAGGGGACAUAUGUAGGUCCAAACCAACAGCCACAAGGAUGCCAAGAUGAGAAUAUAAUUGACUUGAACAAGGACUUAUUGGAUACCUCUAUGCUUGAUUCAAAAUAUGAAGUGGAGACAAAGAAGAGAACAAACAUGAAGAGAAGAAUUCGUAAGUCUUUGAUGAGUCAAAGCAAGAAUAUCGGACAUACUGGAAAAAGCCACCCAUUUGAAGGAAAUACAAAACCAACCUUUGUUAUUGAAGGGAACGCCAUUAACUCGGGAGAGCAGAGUAAUAGUGCUUCACAUAUGAAGGAACUUUCUAAAGUAUCUAUACGCUCGAUUUGGUUUUCUCUCAUUGCGUGUGAUGAUAAGGCUGAACUUGCACUUCCUCAGAUACCCAAGCGCUAUAUCCAUACCAAGCAUGGAAAUCUACCAGUAUCUUACAUUGGCAAAUACUUGGCGACGAAGCUCAACCUUAAACAUGAAUCGGAGGUGGAGAUCUUGUGCUUUGGGCAACCAUUGUUGCCAAAUCUGAGCUUGCAGAACCUAGUAGAAAUUUGGGCACAGGCUACGGCAAAUGGGGAAAAAGCACUCAUCAGCACUGGGGAAGGAACCUGUGAUGGAAGCAGCUUUGUGAUGGAGUUGACAUAUAGGAGAAGUGAGGAGCAUGUGUGAUGCCCACAAUAAUAGACCCAAACCCAAAUCAUCAGGGAAACUAGAAAGCACUUUAAGAAUUGCUCGAGACGAUUAUAAUAAUUGGGGUUUGAAGUAUGAAUCAAUUAGAUAUGGAUCUGCA